GAAACGCUCGUUAAGACUUAAGAAUAAAAAAGAGUGCUCCUUGGGAAUCAUUACUGGGUUGGCUGUGUAUUUUUAUAUUAAUAUAAUUAGUAAGGUGGAGGAGAGGGAAAGGAAAGAAAAAGGUGAAGGAAAGGAAAAGCGGAAAAAAGAUGGUGUUGGGUAGGAAGGAAGAGGAGAAGAAGAAGCAAGGAGUAUUGUUGCGGGUGACCUUAUUCGUUCAGAUGCGAGCUGUUUUCUCUGGGAAAAGGGAAACUUCUCCGUUCUCGUUCUUUUCCUUCUUUUCAUUCUCAUUCUCAUCCUUCCCUGUAUUUGAUUCUUCUUUUCUUCUUUCUUUCUUUCUUUCUUUCUUGUUUCUUGUUUUGAUCUAUGACUUGUGCGAGUCUGUGUCUUUUCUUGAUGGUGGAGGGAUAUACUUGGGGUGUGUCACUGUUGUGAUGCUCGAAUCGGUCGCCGGAUGCAUUCUUGACGACUCUGGAAUCGGUUAGGUGUUAAGGGGGAUUCUUUUUAGGGUUUUGCGGUCUUCUGCUUCGGCUUCUGGUUGCUGUUUGUUCUGUGUUGCUAAUUUAAUCAAAAGGAUUUCUUGUUUCUUUGAUGUUGUUGUUGUACAAAAUAGUAUUAGAUUUGUGCAAUCUUUGGGCUUUUUUGGUGUUAGGUUGUUGUGGAUUUCCUCCUCCGAUGUAUUUUGUGAUUCUUGGAGGAUUUAAGCUCUGUUUCUAGCUUUAAGCCCAUUUCGGAAGAUAGAUAAAGGGAGGAAAAAAAAAAAAAUAUCAGAGUCAGUUGUAAGGGUUUUUGUUUUUUUUUAAAAAAAAGUUCUAAAAAACACAUCCGAAUCACCCACCAUUUUUAUUGUGGGGGGUUUAUCAAAUUUUCACUUUUGUUAAUUUUCUUUUCAAAAUAUUUUUAUAAAGAAGUGUUGGGGUAAUUGGGUCUGAGGUUUGAGAUAUUAUGUUAUGUUUAAUGCUGUGAAAUAUAGUUUCUAAAUUUAGACCAAGAAGAAGGAAGAGGAGUUAUACGAUUUUCAUUGGGUCAUUACAUUCUAUGGGAGUACCUGAUAGUUCACUACUAGAUCUAAUAAAGAAGGUUAGAUCUUGGAUAUCUUGGGUAGCAAGCGAUAAACUAUAUUUGUCCGGGGAAUUUGAAAUGUCUGAUAACACUUGCAAAAUGUGUUGUGAGUGCAAUACAAAUCUUGCUGGGAUUUCUCAUAGAUACCAUUGCCAAAGCUGUAGCAGGGGGAUGUGUGGGAAAUGUAUUCGUGUUUAUGAAUUGUCGGUUUUUGAAUCGUAUAGUUUCAAGAGUAAGGCUGAGGGUGGUGAGGGGACUAUCAAGUCCUGCAGGUUCUGUUCUGAUGUUAGUUUAAGGCGUGAAGGCGGGAGGAAGUCUAGUGAAAAAGUACAUCCUUCUGCGUCUCCCCAAGAAAGCCCUCGAGAAAGCCCGGAACCACCAUCUCCGUCUUGUUUUGAUGGUGAAAGAAUCGGUUGUUCCAUGAAUAGAGAAUCGAUUCGGAGUGAUCACCUUGCUCACUAUAUUGAGACCAGGGAAUAUGGGUAUUCUCCACAUGCAAUGGCCCGCAGGCGCAUGACCUCUUUUAGCGGUCACCCAUCUCCUGUAUCUGUUAGUCACUCUCCCUGCAGGAGUGAUGAAGACGAGGCAGAGGAUUCUGGAAAGCAAUUUUUCAGCCCAUCCAGUGAAUAUUGUCAUGACAACUCAGACACAGAUUUGAGUAGUCUUAGUGCUAGAAAUGAGUUUUGCAGUUUUAGGUCAGUGGGAUCUAGUCUGUUAGACAGCCCCUCUAGGAUUAAUUUUACUUCUAAUAGAGUUGGGCAUUCUGUACAGCAGGGGCAAGAGGGAAGCCCUAUUUCUCAGAAUGAUGUUCCCUUUGAUCAAGAAACAAUGGCUAUUUUGGGAAAACCUGAUUUAGGUUCUGAGGAUCCAUAUAACAAUGAUGAUUGCUCCGAUGACUUGUCAGUUUUUAGAGACCAGUAUGAGAAGUCUCAAAGGCCAUUGGAUUUUGAGAACAGUGGUCAUAUCUGGUUUCCCCCACCACCUGAUGAUGAAAACGAUGAGGGAGAGAGUAAUUUCUUUUCAUAUGAUGAUGAAGAUGAUGAUAUUGGGGACUCCGGUGCGAUGUUCUCAUCCAGUAGCAGCCUUUCUUGUAUGUUUCCAGCUAAGGAGAAACAGAAUGAGGGUAAUAAGGAACCACUUAGAGCUGUGGUACAAGGGCAUUUUAGGGCUCUCGUGUCCCAGCUUUUACAGGGGGAGGGUAUUAAAGUGGGCAAAGAGAAUGGUGUUGAGGAUUGGCUUGACAUAGUUACAACAAUAGCAUGGCAAGCAGCAAAUUUUGUUAAACCAGAUACUAGCAGGGGAGGCAGCAUGGAUCCUGUUGCUUAUGUAAAGGUUAAGUGCAUAGCGUCAGGAAGUCCAAGUGAGAGCACCCUUAUAAAGGGAGUAGUUUGUACGAAAAACAUAAAGCACAAGCGCAUGACCUCACAAUACAAAAAUCCUAGAUUGCUUCUUUUAGGAGGAGCACUCGAAUAUCAGAAAGUUCAUAACCAGUUGGCAUCUUUUGAUACGUUACUAGAGCAGGAAAAUGGUCAUUUCAAGAUGAUUAUUUCAAAGAUUGAGGCUCUUAGACCAAAUGUUCUACUAGUAGAAAAAAGUGUAUCUUCAUAUGCCCAAGACUAUCUGCUCGCAAAGGAAAUCUCGUUAGUGCUGAAUGUUAAGAGGCCGUUACUAGAGCGUAUAGCCCUGUGUACCGGUGCUCUUAUUACUCAGUCCAUUGAUGGUAUUUCUACAGCUCGGGUGGGACAUUGUGAACUGUUCCGGACAGAGAGAGUGUCUGAGGAACAUGAGACUGCAAACCAGUUCCACAAAAAACCAUCUAAAACAUUGAUGUUUUUUGAAGGCUGUACAAGGCGUUUAGGUUGCACGGUCUUGCUUAAGGGCACAUGUCGCGAUGAGCUAAAGAAAGUUAAACAUGUAGUUCAAUAUGCAGUGUUUGCAGCCUAUCAUUUAUCUCUUGAGACAUCCUUUCUCGCUGAUGAGGGUGCUAGUCUGCCUAAAAUGGCACUUCAACCCUCAAUUGCUGUACCAGAGAGAGCAAUGGUCCAAGAUGCAGAAAUUCUGAGUCUCAGUCUGGAUCUUGAAGGAUUGGAGUCAUUGUCUGCUCAUCUUGAUCCUGUUCGUCCUUUGUCUACUAGUUCCAUUAACUGUAGGGUCGGAAAUGAUCCAUCUGAUAUAUGCUAUGAUGAUUUAGCAUCUAGUGAGGUUUUGGAGUCAUGCACUUCACAUCAGUCAAUGGAAAUAAAAGGGCCCACUCCGCUUCCUUCUGUUCUGAGAAAAUUUUCCCAGCCAGAACUACAAGUUGGGGAGAUGAAUGAAUUGACAAAAUCUGAAAGGGCGGAUGAAAAGGAAGUCUCCAGUGAAUACUUUUCAGCCACUGAAACUCACCAGAGCAUAUUGGUAUCAUUUUCAAGCCAUUGUGUGCUGAAAGGAAUUGUAUGUGAACGCUCUCGGCUCCAGCGCAUAAAGUUCUAUGGCUGUUUUGAUAAGCCUCUAGGGAGAUAUCUUCGUGACAACCUUUUUAAUCAGACAUCUUGCUGUCAAUCAUGUAAAGAGCCAGCUGAGGCCCAUGUCCUAUGUUACACCCAUCAACAAGGAAAUCUUACGAUCAAUGUUAGAUGCCUCUCCUCUUUAAAGCUACCUGGGGAACGGGAUGGCAAGAUAUGGAUGUGGCAUCGAUGCCUAAGGUGUCCUGAUGUAGAUGGAGUUCCACCAGCAACCCGUAGAGUUGUUAUGUCGGAUGCUGCCUGGGGACUUUCUUUUGGAAAGUUCUUAGAACUUAGCUUUUCGAACCAUGCAACUGCUAAUCGUGUCGCACCCUGUGGUCAUUCAUUGCAAAGGGACUGUCUCCGUUACUAUGGGUUUGGGAGCAUGGUUGCAUUUUUCCGGUAUUCCCCUAUUGAUAUUCUCUCUGUCCAUUUGCCACCAUCAGUGCUUGACUUCAAUGGUCAUACUCAACAUGAGUGGAUAAGAAAAGAGGCAGUAGAGCUUGUCAGCAAAAUGGAAACCUUGUAUGCAAAGAUAUCUGAUGUACUUGAUAGCUUGGAAGAAAAAUGUAAAUCUUUUGGAAGUGAAUGGUCAGAUACAUGUGAGCUACAGGACCGCAUCAUUGAGCUAAACGACCUGCUCAAAAAGGAAAGAAAUGAUUACAGUUAUUUGCUACAGCCAGCUAUCAUGGGGAUUUCAUGGCCAGACUGGACGGCUAUCGACAUUCUGGAACUGAAUCGCUUGAAACGCUCUCUUUUAGUUGGUUCACAUGUCUGGGAUCGGCGGCUUUAUUCAUUGGAUGCGUUACUAAAAAAUUGUUCUAUUUCUAAGGUCCCCCAAGGGGAUGUGUCUUAUACCCAGCUGAAAGAGAUGAAAAGAAAAUCAUCUUUUAAGGAUGGCAAGCUUGACUUUGGGCAUGAAGGGAAUAAGUCUGAAUCUUCAAGAUUACAGGAGUCCCCUGGAAAUGAUUUGCAGUCAGAGCAGAAGCCUAGUUUCCUGUCCUUUGAACCUUGUGUUGCUAAUGACUCCAUGUUAACCUCAUGUCAUCAUAACAGAGAGGAGGAAAUACAUUCAGAUGUAGAAGUUAACGUAAAUAAGACUCUCAUUGAAAGCUUCUCUCCCAAUGAAUCUACUCUAUCUGAGAGAAUAGAUUCUGCUUGGACAGGGACUAGUCAAAUUGCAAUGAAAGCUGAACCGCUUCAUACAUCACAAGUAGAUGGAGCACGACCUGGAUCUGUAAGGCUGGUUGGUCAGAAUGAUAAUCCUCCUUUUAGGAGGCUUAUGUUGCCUAUGAGAGUUCAUUCUUUUGAUUCUGCAUUAAGAGUUCAAGACAGAAUCCUGAAAGGAUUGCCUCCCUCCCCAUUGCAUUUGUCGAGUGUUAAAUCUUUCCAUGCUUCUGGAGAUUACAGGAGUAUGGUUAGAGAUCCUGUUCCCAAUGUAAAUAGAACCUACUCCCAAAUUCUGCCACAGGAGAUACAGAAACUAAAUUUAAUUACAAGUUACACACCAUCAUUUCUUCCCUCUGCGUCUGAUAUUGCUGAGGGAGCUCGAUUGCUGCUUUCCCAAACUGGCCGCAGUGAUAUUGUUAUUGCGGUUUAUGACAAUGAACCCACCAGCAUAAUUUCAUAUGCCCUGAUUUCAAAGGAGCAUGAUGACUGGAUUGCUGAUAAAUUGAAUGAGCAUGAGGGAAGCUGGAGUCCACAUGAUAUCAAUAGAGAAGAUUCUUCAGCUUCCACCAUUUCUGCCUGGCAAUCUUUUGGCUCUUUGGAGCUUGAUUAUGUCCAUUAUGGUAGUUAUGGAUCUGAAGAUUCCUCAUCAUCUGUGGGUACCCUUUAUGAGGAUCCCAAACGAUCUCCACAUUUCACGAUUACUUUUGAGGAUGAGUCAUCAACUGCUGGAGGUAAAGCAAAGUUUUCAGUCACUUGUUAUUUUGCGAAACAGUUUGACUCUCUUAGGAAAAGAUGCUGCCCUAGUGGAGUUGAUUUUGUGCGAUCCUUGAACCGCUGCCGGAGAUGGAGUGCACAAGGGGGAAAAAGUAAUGUAUAUUUUGCCAAGUCAUUGGAUGAAAGAUUCAUCAUAAAACAAGUUACAAAAACUGAGUUGGAUUCCUUUGAGGAUUUUGCUCCUGAGUAUUUUAAAUAUUUGACCGAUUCUCUUAUCUCAGGAAGCCCAACUUGCCUUGCCAAAAUUCUCGGUAUUUAUCAGGUCUCUGUUAAACACCUGAAAGGUGGCAAGGAAACAAAAAUGGAUUUGAUGGUGGUGGAGAACCUCUUUUUCAAAAGGAAUAUCUCAAGGGUCUAUGAUCUCAAGGGCUCGGCACGAUCCCGUUAUAAUCCAGAUACAACAGGAACAAACAAAGUACUACUAGAUAUGAAUUUGUUGGAAACAUUGCGUACUAAACCCAUAUUUCUUGGAAGUAAGGCAAAGAGGAGCCUAGAAAGAGCUAUCUGGAAUGAUACAUCAUUUUUGGCAUCCGUGGAUGUUAUGGACUAUUCACUGCUGGUUGGGGUGGAUGAAGAGCGCAAAGAGCUGGUUUUAGGGAUCAUUGACUACAUGAGACAGUAUACUUGGGACAAGCAUUUGGAGACAUGGGUAAAGGCAUCUGGGAUUCUUGGUGGUCCGAAAAAUGCUUCACCUACCAUUAUUUCCCCCAAACAAUACAAGAAAAGGUUCCGAAAGGCAAUGACUACCUAUUUUCUCACUGUACCUGAUCAAUGGUCUCCUUGAAGAUUCUGUCUUUCUUUCUUACUCCAUGAGUUAUCUGGCUCAUCAAUAAACGAACAGGGGGAUUGUAAUUGCAUAUGAAUGGAAAGUAAUCUCCCUCCAUAUCAAUUUUUUUUCAUUUAAAGAUUUUGUAUAUUGGGACAAAUAACCCAAACCAGAGGUGGUUUUAACACGAAGAGUAAAGAAGAGUUGGCUUAUUCAUGGC